AUGCGGGAGAAGGUGGGGCGCGCGGACUCAGCGGCUGUGUGAAAUGGCGGCUCUGAUUUGAAACACACUGAGGCGAUUCCAGUGAAUUUAGGAGAGAUUUUAAAACGGUUUGCUUCACUUGGAUCAGCCAGACAGUCGCGCAGAGGGAGAGAUCGGAACUGGUCCCGUAUUAAAGAGCAGGUGUGAUGGCGAAGAGGAUCGCUGAUAAGGAACUGACAGACAGGAACUGGGACCUGGAGGAGGAGGGAGAGGAGGCCGGGACGUUUUCUGUUGCGAGUGAGGAUGUGUUGAAGAGCCGCCCCAUAAAGAAAGCCAAACGCAGAAACACUGGAGGAGAGAGCGAAGGGGGAGGAGCUUUCAAAGGGUUUAAAGGCUUCUCCAUGGCAACAUCCUCAACCACGCCCUCCAGCAGCCUCACAGCGUUCUCCGGAUUCGGGGGUACCGGCAGCUUUAAAGGCUUUGGAGGCCUGAGCAACGGAACCGGCUCCACAGCUUCGUUUGGAGGAUUCCCGUCUGCUGCAAAGGCCGGUGUGGCGUUCAAUGGGCCCUCCUCAGCCCAGCCCGGCACUGACAUCGUGGCCCAGCAGACCAAUGGCUCCGCCCCCGGCCCUAGCCCCGCCCCCUGCAGCCGCAGCAGGGAGUACAGCCGGCAGCUGACGGCGCUCAACCAGUCGGUGCGCGACUGGAUCAGCAAGCAUGUGAACGACAACCCGCUGUGCGACCUCAACCCCAUCUUCAGAGACUACGAGCGCCACCUGGCCAGCAUCGAGCAGCAGUACGGCGCCGGCGCCGAGGAGACGCAGCAGGGAGACGCCUCCACUCCCCCUCCUCCUGCUCCCUCUUCAUCAUCCUCCUCUUCCUCAGUGGCUCUGUUCUCCUUCAGUAAAACCUCGACAGAAGAUCCGGGUCAGAAACGCUCCGGCUCGGCGCCGCUCCCUGCUGGCGUGUCCUUUAACUUCGGGCAGAAGGUGGACGCACCCGCCCUGGGGUCCUUGGCAUCCAAACCGUCCGUCCCCAGCUUCUCCUUCUCCUCCUCAUCCAAUCAGAGCUCCCCGUUCGGAGCAGCUGGACCCUCGGCUGCAUUGUCCUUUGGCGGGACCAAAACUUCAGAUGCUCCAGCUGCAGACGACAAAGACGAAGAAUCGGAGGAGCCUCCCAAACCAGAGGUCAAGGAGGUCAAAGAGGACGACGCCUUCUACUCUAAGAAGUGUAAGUUAUUCUACAAGAAGGAGUUGGAGUUCAAAGAGAAAGGCGUGGGAACGCUGCACCUCAAACGCACCGCAGAGGGGAAGACCCAGAUGAUCAUCAGAGCCGACACCAACCUGGGAAACAUUCUGCUGAACAUCCUUGUGCCGCCCACCCUGCCGUGCUCGCGGGUCGGGAAGAACAACGUCAUGGUGGUCUGUGUGCCGAACCCGCCCGUCGACGACAAGAACCCGAGCGUGGCCGUCCCCCUGCUGAUCCGAGUGAAGACCGCAGAGGACGCCGACGAGCUCCACAAGACGCUGGAGGAGAAGAAACGCUGAGGUGGAACCAAGCGGCGCCGCCUGAGCCUCCCUGACCCGACCCAGUCACCCUCACUCUGUUCCAACUCAUCCUGCUAAAUCAGCUGUUCAGUCAUCAUGCUGUGAAAUGUUUUUGUUUAAAUCUGAAACAGGUCGUAGUGCGACUACAUUCCCUCUGGGUCCACGCUGCCGUCCCAGUUCUGUUCCGACCGAACGGAUCGGGACCGGAGCGCGGAUCCAAACGAGUCGGUUUGUUGGAGGAAAUUGAGGAGGGCGGGUGGACCUCCAAACAAAGGGCCAGUCGAUUUGGUUUUACAAAUUAUACACCUGCAGUAAUAUUUGUUUUUAUAUAUAUUUUAAGGAGCGUUUAGAGUGAAUCUGCUGAGUGAAUGUUCUGGAAACUAUUUAUUGUGUCUGCAGGAUUUUUACUCUGACAGAAGCUCGAGUGAAACGGUGUGGGAGUGAAUCAGAACACUUUUACUCUGUUGUCCUGUAAGCACGAACUGUGGCUUUCCAAGUGUCCUUUGUUUGGCCUUCAGGAUGAGACUCAUUUGUAAAGAAUAAAAGGAAACAAACGAU